CACAAUGGUAGCGUCGUCAAGUCGUCACAUUACUUGACUCACUGGCCUUAGAUAAUUGGCUUGCUCAUCAUAACGGUAUGGCGGAGCCUCUAUCGGUGACUGGAGGGAUCGGUGCUGCGAUCAAAAUCCUCAGCCUUGCCGCGCAAAGUUACCUUAGCAUCAAAGGAGGUCUCAAAGCAUACCAAUUGGUGGGAAGGCAACUACUUGAUUAUCAAGAAGAUUUCAAGGGAUCGAAGAUCCGACUAGAGUCAUGGUGCAAAGCUUGGAGAAUAAAGAGUGCGGAUCAGACAUCCUUUGGCAUCAGGUUGUGGGGCAUCGAGGGUUGGGCAUUUAUUGAGAGGAAACUAUCAACCAUCGACGAGCUCUGCGAAGACUUGAUCCAAUUUCUCAAGCCGUUCGACAAUAACGACAAUGAUAAGGAUAUCCAGGGGUAUGUCCAGAAGCUGAGAGAACAUCGGGAGAAGGUCAAGAGAUCCACCAGAAAAAGACUUGUGAAAGAGCCACCUUCAGGGAUCCAAGCCAAGGCCGAAUUCCUUGCCAACUUGCCUGAAGAUCGUCGAGGAGCUUUGGAGCAAAGGAAAGAUCACCAGAAGGCCAUCGCAGAAGUCACUGGGGCCAUGGUGAAAUUUGAUCUCAUCACAGGAACAUCUGAGAAGGCCGGCCAAAAGGCUACCGCUCUCAAGGAAUGUCUCGAUAUACUUGACGCUAUUUCGUUGAACCUGUUCUUCUCGAGGUAUCCCGAUGUUCAACGUUCUGCGUCAGUCAAUGAACGAGUGGAGGCCGUCGAAAAACGCCACCACCAAAAGAUCUUGGAACACGCGCAGAAAUUGAGGGGCGCAGCAAGGAUACUGUACCAAACUUGCUCAGGUCGAUGUAUUGAUGACACUCGACUAGCUAUAGAAUUGACGGACCCGAAGGACUUGGAAUGUGAAAUAUCAACAUAUCGAGUUAUAUACGAGGCAACAUCACAGAAUUGCCAGGAAUUCAGUCUGCGAGCAUUGCAAAGCAAGCCUCCACAGUGUGAUCGUAACACAUUUGCCGAUGCUUGCAAGGCAGCUUUGGAUAAUGUUACACACUUUGGGUCGCCGCUGGGAUUGAAUGAAACCCAGUACUAUGCCUUACAGAUCUUCACCAGGCAAAUUCGACUUCAAGAGCAAACACUCGCUGGCCUGCUUGGAGAUAUUGCGGAACGGACAACGGUGGACAGAUGGACCCUUUUCCCCAUUCAACAGCGUUGGGGACUGUCACAUUUACUGGCCGAAUCAUCAUUGCACCUUCUGGGAACGUCGUGGCUCUCAGCAUUGAGUAGUGUAAACCUCAAUCGAUUGCAAGAUGAUGAAGCCCCUAGAUACUUGCUCCGAACUCUGGAGGCAGAUCAGGAACGGUGCACGCUUCUCAUGAAACUCAGGGCAUGGGCCAAAAUGGGACUAAUCGACCUUGAGUGUUGGUGCGUGGGUAUUCUAUUGGUCGAAGUCAUGUACGGGUUCAAAGUCUCGAAUGUAGUAAAGUCCGAAGGAAGGACUCUGCUUGUCCUCGCAGAUGAAUCGAGGAUUGGCACAGAUGGGGCGGAAGUGAAAGGGAGGUGGGGAUCACCAUACAGCAAAGCCAUUGCACACUGCUUCAAGGAAUCGACACAACUUUCUAAACAGGAGAAAGAUAAGGAGAAGUAUCAUGAAAUGCUGGUGGAGUUUUACAAGGUCGUAUUUUUGCCGAUUCAGAAGCAAUCCAAAGAAAACGAAGAAGAUGAUGAAGCAUAGGGCCACUAAUUGCCGAAUCCUGUUUCUAUAGAAGGAGGUAUGGAAAGCAUCUGUCACUUGACAUUGUGCGCGGGGGUGGAUAUUUCUGGCCAAGUUACGCGGAAUUGUGGAGUUCUGGGCUGGCGUGGGUAGUUCAAUCAAAGUGUUCAACUCACUAGGGGUGGUUGUAUCGAAGAUAAAGCCAGAACGGGGUAUCAAAAUGUUGAGAUUUUCUGUGUAGAGCAUUACCAUAAACAUUGCGUCAUAUCAUCGUAAUAUGUAGUUUUCCGCCACACUCAUUUGCAAGUUGUUUAUGUUGACGACGGGCUUGGAGCGCCUUCUCCUUUUCCCUCCGCCGGAGCUGGAGUCUCUACCAUAGCCAUCCCUGGUUUCACAAGGUGUUUUCUGUCUUCUCCUAAUACCACUUGACCAGAAUAUUAGCCAAUCUCUUUUAAUGCUGGGGAUUGGAAGGAAGCUCACGUCUUUCAUACAAAACCCAGCUCGUAACAAUUGC